AUAGGUCACUGGGAGGGGACAGCUGCUGAGGGGACAUCCAGGACCGGACUGAACCUGUGUUCCCCUUGCCUAAGCCAUGCAACUCUGUGGGAGUGGCGCGCUGCUGACUGAGACAGACCUUGGGGAGUCUCAGAAACAGCUGAAGAAGAAGCAGAAGAACCGGCUGGCUGCCCAGCGCAGCCGGCAGAAGCACACCAGUAAGGCGGACGCUCUGCACCAGCACGAAUCCUUGGAGAAACAGAACCACGCCCUUCGGAAGGAGAUCCAGGCCUUGCAGACUGAACUGGCAGGGUGGGGCCGGACACUGCAUUUGCAUGAACGCCUGUGUGGAGUGGACUGUGAUCCCUGCCCUGUUCUGCUGCCCUCUGGAUGCCCAAUCCAGGCCAAGCAACUCUCAGGACAACCUGCUCCUCACGGAUACCAUGGCUGCCAGGAACCACUGGGCCCGUUCCAGACUCCGGGCUCCUCUCCCCGAGCCCAGCAUCUCUCUCCAGGUCCAUGCUAUCACGAGUCUCCUUCCCUCCUGCCCUCACUGGCCUUUGACCCUCUCAUGGUGAGGACUCCUGUAGCCCAGCUCUCUGCCAGCCCUGUCCUGUCUGCAUCAUCAUCUUCUGACUCCAGCCUGCCGGGGUAUUUCUCUAAGCUUGAUGCCCUCAUACCCAGCCCCCAAGACCAGCUGGUCCCUCCACAACCCCUCAGGCAGGAGCAGCCCACCAGUGGCAGGCUGGCAUCUUCCGACUCUCCAGCUGCUCUGGGACCAGAGUGUCCACAGAACAGAGAGCAUUUGCCUGCACUGCCUGGCUCCUCCGCUCAUUGGCAGAAGUCACCUGCGGCCCCUAGCCCACAGGCCCCCACGGCCUUCCCCCUGCUCUCUUCUGCAAACGUCCACUUCUAGCCUACGUCUAGCGAGGGGCUGCCUUACUUGAAGGUAGCCUGAGCACCCAGGAAGCUCCUCCAUUUCUGCUCUUCCUUGAGUUACUGAGUGCCUACCACUGCGGACCACACAAAGCCAUCCUGUCCCUCAGUACCGCAAAGGAUGAUGGGAGGGCCGAGUGCAAGAACCUUGAACCUGGCUGGAGCAUUGCCUGUAUCCUUCUUGGAAGGACUCCCAGCUCUGCACACUGACAUCAGGCUCCCCCAGAAUGGCUCCUUCAUGGCUCUUGGGACUACUGGGGCUGUGACAGCUAGGAGAGUAAGUGGGAUCUCUGAAAGGGUGGUCAUUUGCAGCACCCCAAAGUGCCUCAAGCUCUUCACCAGGUUUUCACACACAGAUGGUGUGUCAGAAGUGAAUCCACUCCUGGAUCAGAGCACACUUCUUGGCACAUAGGAUGGUAAAUAAAAUGUUCCCCUGCCUCUUAAAA